AGCACAAAAAUCAAUUGAACGUUUUGAGAACGAAAAUAACACCCGCCGAUACUAUACCAUAAAUAAAGUUCAAGAAAUCCACCCCUGCCCGCCGCCGCCUCUUCCUUCCGGCCGGUCUUCGUUUCGACAUCCAGGAAAUGGCUACCGCGGCGCGCCUCCUCCUCGUCGUGGUGCUUCUCUCCGCGGCGAUACCGAUCCCGUCCUUCGCGACAAGCUUCGUCGUCGGCGACAAGAGGCAUCGCUGGGCUCCCAACGUCAACUAUACAGACUGGGCGGACCGUCACCAGUUCCACGUCGGCGACUGGCUCGAAUUCAGGUACGAGAGGGACAGGUUCGAUGUGGUGCAGGUGAACGAGACGGCAUACGCGGCGUGCGACGCCAGCAGCCCCAUCCUCAGCUACAGCCGCGGCCACAACUUCGUCUUCCGGCUCAACCACACGGGCCGGUUCUACUUCAUCUGCAGCCGCGGCUACUGCUGGAGUGGCAUGAAGGUCUCCGUGCUCGUCCAGCCGCCGCCGCCGCCCCCGUCGCUGCCGCCGGCGUCCCACUCCCACGCGUCAAGCGCCAGUGCGCGUGUGCGGCCGGCGGCCGGGCUUUGGUGUGCGGCUCUCUCUACCUUGCUGGGCUGGGCGGUGCUCACGCCGCCGCUGUCGUUUCGGGUCUGGAGUUCUGGACGUCCAGGCGCGCACACGAGUCUAAACUCUAAAGCUGUUUGCUAAUGUACUACCCAUUUCUUCUUUUUUUAGUAUGGAAAUAAGAGUUCCGGCUUUAGCA